AUGGUGCUGGGCAAGUACUGCUUCGAUGAGGAGGCUUUUUCUGUAGACGUUUUCGAAGUAGCGACCUUUUUAGAGGACUGUCGAGUACAUAGCCCCAUGGAGACGAUUUGUCAGGAUUUGAGACACUUCCAAAUGGCGCUAGAGAACCAGCUCGUGGCCAUUAUCAAUGAAGAUUACGCCGAGUUCCUGCAGCUCUCGUCUAAGCUCAAGGGUGUAGACGAGGCGGUUGCUAGCGUACAUGCACCCAUUUUGGCGGUUCUCAAGCGUGUAAGUGAAGUGCAAGAAGCUCUGAGCGCAUUGCAAAACAAGAUCCAGACGCAAUUGCAGAUUGCAAAUGAGCUGCAACAACAGGAAAAGGACCUGCAGUCCAGUAUUAAAAUCUCUGAGAAAUUGCUGCUGCUGGAAGAUCUACUGGAGAUUGGGUCACCCAUUGAAGGUGAUGACGAGGAGUCGAGCUUGGACAAAGACGGACCCACUGACUUCGAUGAGGACAGUGACGAUGAUUUUGAGAACUUUGAACAAGUGAAGAAACGACUACAUGCAACGAGCGAUGCUGAAGGUUGCGCAAGAUUGGAACGAGCAGCGCAGAUUUUUGUGCAAUUGGAUCUAGAAUUCUUGGACGGCAUGCACGUUGCCACAAUUCAGAAAGAGGAGAAGCGUCUAGCGAUCGUUGAAAAGACACUUCUUCGUCGCCUAGAGACGGAAUUUGUGGCUGAAAUUCUUCCCGAUACGUAUUACAACCGCGACCAUGCGAUUAGCGAGCUCACUUUGAGCUAUUUGCUGAGAGCAUAUGUGCUACUUGACAAAAGCCAUAUUCCAGAAGAAUUGAUUGGUCGUCUGCUUGUUCAGCCAUUUGCAGAGGAACAUCUUAUGCGUGGAAAGCUGGAUGGCCGAGCUCGUGGUUCGUGCGAGGGCUUACCACAGAUCUAUGAGUCCAUUUUGUACUUCAUUACGAGCAAGUUUGCGGGCACACUUGCAUUGUCUGUUUGUCAGGGCGAGAGUAACUGCUCAGUAGAUAUUCUCGGGAACGCAAUUUGGAAGCCUUUGCAGGAGAUUUUAUCAACAAAAUACGGCAUCAUUUUCCAGGCAGCUGACCCGGAACGCUUCCACCAAAGCUACACUAUAAGCAUGCGUUUUCUAGCUGAUAUCGAGGAGCGCUUCUGCAAAAGCGAGAUCAUGAAAAGUCGCUUCCGGUCUCAUGAGAGUGUGGUGGAGUUCAAGGAAAAGUGGAACAUCGACGUAUACUUCCAGCUUCGAGCAUCUCAAGUCGCUUCAAGUGUAGAAAAGUCUUUUGGGUUGAAACGUGAAGAUUCGGCCUCGUUGGAUUCACUAUACGGCAGUGUGUCCAUCAUUGCUGACACAUCGACAUUAGGGUUCGAGAACUCAAAGUGUUUGUGGAAAGCACUUCAAGAGUGCUGGAGUGAGUGCAUCUUCCUGGCACCUCUGCUUCCCAACUUCUGCAAACUUAGCAUACAGCUUUUCGCGUACUAUAUUGGCAUAUGGAAGGAGCCGUUGCAGAAUGCCGUCAGGGUACUUAACAGUGGAACCAAGGUAGAUUUUAGUUCUGUGCCGCUUUAUUGUUUGAGUACGGAAGGAGAUCUAUUGCUUGCUGGAAGCGACUUUCGCGUGCUUUACAAAAAGAUUUCUCAAGAUCUCUUAGCAAUUGUAAGGAAUCACGUCGACGACUUCAUAGACGAUAGCCAAGCCUUCGUGACCGAACUUUUGCAACAGGUAUGCUUGCCGAAUGCGCGUCUUCUCGCCGUCCGACCAGCAUUUUCAAUUUUUACUCCAUAUGUACUUCAAUAG